AUGUCAAAAACGGCACGAAUAGGUAUAAUUGGGGCUGGACCCGCAGGAAUUUCAACUGCCUACCACUUAAAAAAAGAAGGCUACCAACACGUAACGAUUCUCGACUCUGCACCAAGAAUCGCCGGAAAGAGUGGCUACCACACGGUAGACUCACGAAACUACGACAUUGGUGCACUAAUGGUCGGAAACAACUACACACACAUCAAAGAACUUGCUCAGGAGUAUCAAUGUCCACUCAAAAAAUUCCAAGGUCGAGCUUUAGACAUCGAUACUCGCAAAAUCAUUCACGACGAUACUGACAAAAUUGGAGUUUAUUCCGCAUUGAUACCGCACAUGAAUCAUUAUCUCGGAGAGAGAUCAGUGUUUGAGAUGGCCUCAAAACCUGGUCAUGGCGGGUAUAGCGAACGGGAAUUGUAUGCUCCGAUUUCGCAAUAUCUUAAAGAUCGAAAAAUGGAGUAUUUGAAGGACGCGUGGGGAUUGGCGUACACUUCUGCUGGUUACGGAUAUUUAAGUGAUGAUAUACCGGCUGCGUAUUUUUGUAAAUUUAUUGAGAAUUCAGAGAAUACUAUUUGGUAUUUUCCUAAUGGGUUCUCGGAAUUAUGGGAAAAAAUGAUGAAGGAUCACCAUGUACAACUGAACACAAAAAUCACAUCAAUAGAUCGUUCUUUACGUAGAAUUAACUCGAGCUGUCCAAUUCUCGUAACCACCGAGAACACCGAAACAAAAUUCUCUCAAACUCUUGCGUUUGACCAUGUCAUUAUUGCCACUAACCCACGACAAACCGAAAAAUUUCUCGACGUUACCCCGGUUGAGAAAUCAUUGUUCCAACAAGUGGUGACUUACGAGUUUUACACUAUUAUUGCCACGGUUGAAGGGCUGUCGACUAAAGUUGGCAUGACUACAAUACCGAAAUAUUGUGCCAAUAAGGAGUUUGUCGGUCAUAUCACCGCGUUUUACUGCUCACACGAAGGAGUGCCAACUUAUUUGUUUUAUGCAUAUGGAAAUAAAGAAUUGAACCAGGAAAAGGUGACUGAGAUAUUUAAAGAAGAUUUGCUGAAAAUGGGUGGUGAAUUAAAGGAAAUUCAUUACAAUCAAAAAUGGGAUUUCUUCCCUCAUGUUUCAUCGCUUAAUAUGGCACGAGGAUUUUAUAGUAAAGUUGAAAAUAUUCAAGGUCAAGAUGGCACAUUCCACGUGGGAGGUUGGAUGGAUUUUGAAUUGACCGAAAAUUGUGUCUCUUACAGUAAAGAUUUCGUUAAACGUUUCUUUACUCCUGAAGGCCCGCCAGCUUCUAAAGAAAUUCAACAUUUACCAAUCUCCGCGCCAAUAAAAAUAAAACCUGCCGCUACCACCAAUUGGGGUACGAUUUUACGUUUAACUGCGAAACGGUUUCCAACCAAAGAAGCAUUCACAUAUGUAGACUCAAAUAUGAAAGUGGAAAUGAACUUGACGUAUCACGAACUUUAUCGUCAAGCUCGUGCUGUGGCUUACUAUCUGAGUGAAGUCGCUCAUUACAAAGCUGGUGACCGGAUUUUGUUAUGCUAUGCGCCGGGUCUAAAAUUCUUGCCGGUGCUUUUUGGAUGCAUGAUGAUCGGAGUAAUCGCCGUACCAAUCGCUCCACCGAACCUCGCGACCGCAGAAAAAGAUAUCGGAAGAUUCAGAUACCUAGCCGAAACAACCGGCGCAAAAUUAGUAUUCAGCGAUAAAAAUUAUAUGCUCUACACAAAACUGUACGCGGCGAAAAGUUUUCUCGGUCUUGGUGACAAAAUCAACUGGCCAGAUGGCUUAACUUGGGUUGAAAGUGAUAGCGUGACCUCGUCGAAACAAUUAUUGGAUGAACGUCUAAUUGAUGAACUGGACUGUGAAAGCGUCGCAGUUCUUCAAUUUUCUUCUGGUAGUACUGGUGAUCCUAAAGGUGUUAUGUUGACACACAAGAAUUUAAUGCACAAUGUUGAUUUGAUGCAAGCUGAAAUCGGGUUGGAUUCGGAUUCAACGAUCGCUUUCUGGGUUCCGCAAUUCCAUGAUUUAGGCUUGAUUGGAGGUUUCUUGAAUACUAUUCGCGGAGGUUGUAAAUCAGUAGUAAUGUCACCUCUUACCUUCUUACAAAAACCAGAAAGUUGGUUACAAAUGAUUAGUAAUUACCAAGCGACAUUUACAGCUGCACCUAAUUUCGCGUAUGAACUCGCAGUCAGAAAGACAAAUUUGGAUAAAGUAAAUAUCGAUCUAAGUUCUCUUCGAGGUGCUUUCAACGGCGCCGAACCUGUCAGAUGGACCACCCUGAAAUCAUUUGCACAAAAAUUUGGACCAGUCGGAUUUAAAUUGUCAAUGUUUAGAUGCUUAUAUGGAUUAGCGGAACAUUGUGCCUAUACGAUCGGUUUUCGUAAUCUUUACGAUGUCCCGACUGUGAUUGACAUUGAUCCACAUGAAAUUCGAGCUGGACACGCUAAAGUUCGUAGUAACUCGCAACAUCCAAAUAAUAUCGUUUCUACUGGUGUACCAAAUCUUGCGAUGCAAGUUGAAGUACGCGUCGUAGAUCUGGAAACACGACAGUUGUGUUCCCCGAAUACAGUAGGAGAAGUUUGGAUGAGUAGUCCGAGUGUUGGUAAAGGAUAUUUCGGAAAAGAGAAAAUCUCAGAGGAAACAUUCCGAGCGAAACUGGAAAAUAACGAUCAUGGAAAUUGGAUUAAUGAUCAUGGAAGUUUUUUGAGAACUGGGGAUCUUGGAUUUAUGUAUAAUGGCGAGUUAUUUAUUACUGGUCGACAAAAGGAUGUAAUCAUCAUUAAUGGAAAGAACCAUUAUCCUCAAGAUAUCGAGCUUUCAGUUCAAGAAUCACAUGAAGCAAUUAGAUCUGGAUGUGUCGCAGCAGUUCACCAUUCCGAUCCAAAAACUGGGACUGACUCACUCAUAAUUAUCGCAGAAAUUCGUAAUUACAAAGAAGCAACACAAAAUUUACUCGAAGAAAUUAUCAACGCGAUCAGUCGUAAAAUUCCCGCGAAUCACGGACUUACAUGCGAGCAAAUCACCUUGUUAAAACAACAAAGUAUUCCAAAAACCACAAGCGGCAAAAUCCAACGAUCACGGGCAAAAGAAAUGUUACUGAGUGGAGCACUAGAUAAAAAAAUAGUUAUCAAAGCUGGUGAAAUCGCCAAAGAACCCCGAUCUCGCCCAGUCAGUGGAUAUUUCGCGAAAAAGCCGCCGCUAAUGCAAGUCCCAGAAAUUGAACAAAAAAUUGCUAAACAAGUUCAACGUGUAUCAAAAUUAGCAGCAAAAGAUUCGGUAAUUGACGUGAAAUCAAAUCUAAUUAUCACUUAUGGAUUUGACUCGAUUACUGCUGUUCAAUUGACCGCUUGUCUCAAAGAAGAAUUUGGAAUUGAAAUUGCGCCAGCUCUUCUUCUUGAUCUUCCAUCAAUUUCAGAUCUCGCGAAUCAUAUUUUUAAACAAAUCACACCAAAUUAUACUCAAGAGGAAGAUAUCGAAGAACCCACGCUUCCAAUUUUGGAAAUUCAAAAGACUAUCACGCAGCAAGUACACAAAGUAUCAAAAUUCGCUUCGAAAAUCCCACUCGAAAAAAUCGAUGUCACAGCAAAUCUCAUUACCGAAUAUGGCUUUGAUUCGUUGACUGCUGUGCAGUUAACAGCUUUAUUGACGUCAAUUUUUGGCAUUGAGAUUGCACCGACAUUGUUAUAUGAUGUGCACACAAUCGCUGAUUUGGCCGAACAUGUUCAUAAACAACUAAAAGCGCGUCCAUCACACAAACGACAAAUAUCCCAUCAAUAUCAAAAAGAAGAUAAGGUUGAAAACGAAAAACUCACCACUCCGAUUCUUGUUCCUCUUGCUCCCGCUACCACCGAGAACAAAAUUAAUCCAACUUUAUUCUGUAUUCAUCCUUUGUUGGGUAAUGUUGCCACGUAUAUUUCUUUUGCUCGUAAGAUCGGUUCCACACGUCCCGUAUAUGGACUAAGAGCACCUGAAGAUAUCGAGUUUAAUAUUGUCAAGUUGGCAGAACGAUAUGUUAAAGAAAUACAAAAAUUUCAGCCUUUCGGUCCAUACUUUCUAUGUGGAUAUUCAUAUGGUGGUCUAGUCGCAUGGGAAAUGGCAAAACAACUUGCAGCAUCAGGUGAACGUGUAGGUGGAUUAUAUUUACUUGACGCACCAUCUCCACUACCAAAAAGCGUUCGCGCACCACUUGGUCCCGAUGAACAACCACACAAAAUAUGGGCAAAAGAAAUUGACGAACUAUUGAAUGACGUAGAUAGUCAAUGGAUGUUACAACAACAAACGAUCGAUCCGACAGGACUCGAAGCUUUAAAAGUACAUAUCGGCAAACAUAUUGCCGCCAUGUAUCAAUAUACUGAUGACAUCACACCUUCGAGUGCUGUCCAACCAUUUUAUAUUCAUUACUGGCGUGCAAAAGAUUACUCUGGAAAAACAAGCAAACUUUUACUCGAUCAUCCUUUAUUCAAAAGCAACAUUUUCGGAUGGGAAAGAUAUCAAGGCAGAAUAACGGUACAUAACCCCGCGACCGGUGAUCACUAUUCAAUACUCAAAGAAGAGAAUUGUGGUCGUCUGGCACGCGAAGUGAGUCGUAAUAUGCCAAAUGCAAAUAAACGAGCAAGUAUGGAACUAAAGCCACUAAUACUAGAAAAUAUCACAAUGACACCAUCAAGACCCAAUUCGCCAAAUUCCGCGCGAUCAAACUCUGGUCUAUUUUCGGGUGCCACGUUAAUUGGUAGUCCGCAACUGGACAUGCUAACCAAUAGCGGGAAAUUUAAUAAUACGACAAAACAAAAAGGAAUUUCUGGCGCGUUGAAUGUUCAAGUUCCUAUGUACGUUAGUAUUGGGGUUUCGAUAGCUUUAUCUUAUUUUAUGACGCAGCUUAUGAUGAGGAUUCAGUCAGUUGCUACAUCUUGA